AAGUGUCAAAUCAGUUCGGCUAUGCUUUUUUUUUCUUCUCCUCCUGCCGAGCAGCAACAGCGCCGCGUACCGAGCUCCGUCACAUGAACGAAAUGGCCUGAGUUCGGACUGAAGUAACAUCGUGUGUCGACUAGCAGCGUUACAUUGUGCCAUGGAGAGAUUAGAAGCCACAUCAGAGCUCCAGUCGCGGUUGUCCUCUCUCUCCUUCUCGUCGUUUCCCGGAAUCACAUCUAAGCAGAGCGACAAACAGCCUCUGGACAGGCUCCAGAACACAGACCUUUCACAGAGCUGCACCCCGACCAAAGAGCAAGCUGACAUGGAUGAAACCAAGGAGGAUCCAGAGCAACAUCCGGAGGGCAAUGUAGCGGCCUCAGAAGAGCUGGCCCAGGGGGACGGAGGCGAGGAGAACAGCGGUGCUGCCAGCAGUCCGCUGUCUGCUGAGAUGAAAGCCCAGACGCCGCCCCUGGCGCCUCCGACCACCUGGACGUCUGCCUCGCUGAAGGAGCUGAAAGCGAAGCUGCGAACGGAGGACGACUGCAUGGUGACGGUGUACCGAGGCGACAUCAUGACCGUCCACGUGCCCACCGUGCCCGAGGCCAAAAAAGUGUGCUGGGAGUUUGCCACAGAUAGUUAUGACAUUGGCUUCGGGAUAUAUUUCGACUGGACUCCCGUCACGAGCCGGGCCAUCACUGUGCACAUCAGCGAGUCGAGUGAUGAUGAAGACGAAGAGGAGGAGCUGGAAGGGCCGGUCGGCAACGGAGACGUCGAGAAGGGCUCCAAAACUCAGACCAACUCGAACUUGGCAGAGAUCUUGCCCGUCUACCGCCAGGACAGUCACAUGUCCGUUCAGGGGGGGAGCCACGAUUUUCCAGGUGAAGGCACAUACCUGCUGAAGUUUGAUAACUCCUACUCCCUGUGGCGGAAUAAAACUCUCUACUACAGAGUUUAUUACAGUGCCUGAGAUGCAUGUUUGUGAAUGUUGAAUUUAAAGAGCAACACCGCUCGUAAGACCGGCAAACUAUUUUUGAUUCCAUACUUUGAAAAAAUAUAUAUAAAGAUAUAAUAUAAAAAUGUUAAAUAUCAGCAUAUCUAUUUUUAACACAAUCCACUUGUGUUGAAUUCCUGAUUAGAUAGUUUUGAAUGCAAAAUUUGCUCCAAUGUCUUACUGAAAUAUAUAUAUUUCAAGACCCCUGUGCUAUGUCCCUGUGCUAUUUGGUCCAGUGUCCCCGUCAUUUACAUGAAUCGUCCUCUGCUGUGACAUUUCUAUGGUAGCAGUGAUCAGGGAACACCUGCACAGAAUUCAUCAGGCCAGGUGCUUAAUCAGCAGUGCUCUAAAGAAAUUGUUUUGUUGUGUUUGUUGUGUGUACUGUGAGCGUACACCUGUUGUUUUGUGUAUUUGUCCUUCUGCCCUGUAUCUUAACUUAUUUUCUGUCGUUGUCAAACUAUAUAAUGGAGAAUAUUAUGAUAGAAUACAAAUUGCGUGCACAGAGUUCAUAUCGGUGUGUUGGUAAAAUGUAUAAGUUGAUUGUACUGAACAGUUGCCAGAGUGCUUUUUAUGACACAAAUAAAACCCAUCCCUUAUCGCACAAAGCUCUUAUUAUGUAAUAUAGAUUCAAUAUUUACAGUUGCUCUCCCUCCAUUAAUUUGCUGUAUCAGAGGUAGCAAGCAGUUGUAAUAUUUCAUCUAAAUGCAUUUUGAGCUCAGAUGUGAGUGAAGGUCACUGCUUUUGAAUCUCCUUCGGUGCGUUUGGCAUACAUUUCCAAUGGUGUUGCCUUGUUUGAAAAUCCACAAUUGGACCACGCUCACUCCCCAAAAAUGUCCAGGCAUUGUCUGUUAACGCUGUGCACAAUGUAAAGGAACGGGUUUAAAGCUUUCCAUGUCUGCUGAACUGUAACCUUUUUACUGUAAGUCAUGAUGACGAUGUUUGUUCCUGAAAUUUAUAUUCCAUAAUAAAGAGAAGGUUGGAUAGUU